AUGGCAACAGGAGAAUUAACAGAAACAAAGAGAAAAAACAUCAUAAAACUUGUAUUGGUUGAAGGUCGUUCACUUGCAGAAGUAGCUCGUAAAUACAAAUGCUCACCUCAAACAAUUAGAAAGAUUGUCGAUGAAUAUCAACAAAAAGGAACUAUUUCUGUAAAAAAAACAACAGUUAAUACAACACCAAAGAAGAAGCAAUGGGGUCCAAAGAACAACUUGCAAUGUUUAAAUUUCAAUAAUGGUUUAACUUUGUUCUCUUGGAAAACAAAAUCGAUUAAAUAUGAAUAUGUCCAAGUCAAAUGUGAAGCUCAAGGAGGUAAAUGUGAAUGGAUCACCCCAUCUUGUUCUGCUACCAGCUGUUGUCCAACCUAUGCUCGUUGCACCGGCACAUUUGGAACUUCAACCACUACUACCAAUACUCCUUCAACUUCUAGUUCAUCAUCCACUUUAUCUAAUCCUCUCUACUACUUUAUUCUUUAUUCUUUUAGUUUUAGUGUUUCACCAAAACUCCAUUUAAAUUCAUAUGGAUCUAUAGAGAAGCUCUUGAAAUGUAAAUAA